CGCACCGACCGACCGACCCAAAGGAAGAGAGAGAGAGCGCAUCCGAGCAACUUCUCUCGAAGCUAUCCGACAGCUCCUGACCCCGUGGAGUUACGAUGAUCUGCAGAAGUCCAACGAUGCGCGCGUCCACGACGGGACUGCUGCCGCUGCUGCUGCUGCCGCUGCUGCUGCCGCUGCUGCUGCCGCUGGCCUCGAUGGUGGCGGAGGCGCGUGGCCACGUAGAGGAGCCCUGCCGCCAGGACGCGCCCGACGCCUUCCACCUCAAGCGGAUGAACGUCCCUGAGGAGCUGCUGCGGCUCGCGAGCGCUCUGCAGGGCCGGCGGCGGCAGCACGAGCAGGACGCCGCCCUGCCGCCCUGCCCCAGCCGCGGGGGGGUUCUGCCCCCCGGCAGCCCCCUACAGGAGCGCUCCAUCUCACCCUGGACGUAUCGGUGCGACAAUGACGACGUUGACAAGGCGGACCGCGUGCCCGAGGUGCUGCCCGAGGCGGCCUGCCUGUGCGCCGGCUGCGUGGAGCCGCACUCGGGCCGCGAGACGCACAGCGUCGUGUCCAUGCCCGUCACGGCGCACGUGCGCGUGCUGUACCGCGAGCGGGGCGCGUGCGAGGCGGGCCACGCGCGCUACGAGGAGCGCUGGGAGGAGAUCGCCGUGGGCUGCACCUGCGCCGUGUACGCGGUGGCCAAGUAGGGGCCGGAGUGGGCAUGGGGUGGGUGUUGGGCGUGUGUCGACCCACCCGUCUCUCCGUUCGUCCGUCAGCUCGCUACGUGACGCCGGCCGGACCAGACAGCGCUGGUCUACGGUGUGUUAGUGUGUGUCUCAGUGUGUCAGUGUGUGUGUGUCUCAGUGUGUCAGUGUGUGUGUGUCUCAGUGUGUCAGUGUGUGUGUCUCAGUGUGUACAACAAGGCUGCUCAGCAGGUAACCAGCUAUAAUCAUGGCAGCCCAUAAACAGUACCGGACCGCACGUCAGCUCUGUCAUCAUCGUCAUCAUCAUCAGUCGUGAUCUAUCCACUGCUGGAUGAAGGUCUACCGAAGCUGGCACGCGUCCUCUCGGGCACGUUCUCGCAGCGUUCGCCUGCCGCUCCGUUACGGUCGUCGAUCAUCGUCCAUCGGUCAUCGUCCAUCGAUCAGCAUCAUCCAUCGAUCAUCGUCCAUCGGUCAUCGUCCAUCGAUCAUCAUCAUCCAUCGAUCAUCUUCCAUCGAUCAUCUUCCAUCGGUCAUCGUCGUCCAUUGAUCAUCUUCCAUCAGUCAUCGUCCAUCGAUCAUCAUCCAUCGUCCCUUCUGGUCGUGAUACAUCCAGCCCAAAAUCCCACUUUCCGAUGAAAGCCAUUAAAUCUGCAGCUACAUGAGCACGAAUUAAAUUAUUAAUAAUUUAUUUAUCCAGAUCAGGAUCAGAAUAGCUAUUUAUUUAUUUAUUUGCACUAUUGGGAUCGUUGGACAAAGGCAAUCGCCCCCGUGGCGAUCAACGCGCGGUCAGGCGAAGCACCCCAGCCGAGGCGACAUCCACGGACGCUUCACGAGCCCCCUUGCUUGGAGGGGAACCUGUCUUCCCACAACCUCGACGAUCAUAACCAUUUUUAUUAUAAUUAUUUAUAAUUUAUUACAUUGCACGGUUCCGCUUUUUCAGCUCUAUUGUUGUUACCCGCCUGAGACGAACUUACUCAAGAGCUGGCUGCGUUAUUUGCUCAAUCAUGUGCCGCGUUACUUGCUCCCGUGCUUCCGUUUGCAGUUACUGUAGUGAGUGGCUUGGGCUCGGCAUGUAAACCCUUGGUAAGUUUGGGAAACGGAUUUUAGUCUCUGGUGGACUUUAGGGAUAUGAAGGCCCGGGCCAGGGCUCGGUGCUCUGACACGGCCAAUUCAAGCAGCCACUUUCCCAAGUGCCAGAUUCUCAGUGGCUAUGUCACGCAACAACUGAAUAUGUUUCGACAGCAAGUUCUCGUUUCGCGAGGACGUAUUCCCCCUCUAAAUGAUGCAACGAUGAGGAUUGGCGAGAUGAGAUUUACUACGAUUACUGCGCACACCACGCAGUGAGAUGGCGGCACAAAUAGCUGAAGGUACGUCGCCGCUGGGUUAUCGUAUCACUCCGCCCAGCGGCGCAGCUCAGUAAAGUAGUUCGUCGUCGACUGCUCAGAAACCGCGUUAUAACGGUGCACGCUCCGCGUUAUAGCGGUGCACGUUUCGGGUUACAGCAGUGCGCGUUCUUCAUUAUAAGGGUGCACGUUCCGCAUUAUAACUGUCCGCGUUAUAGCGGUACGGGUUCCGCGUUAUAGCGGUGCACGAGUCCAGUGUUUUUGCACGGGCGACCCGGAUGUGUACACAUUACACGUUUGCAUUGUAAUGCUCCGUUUACCUAAUGCUUGUAAUGCAUUAUAUAGUUCGUUGUACCAGCUAUGUUGGAACUUAAAAUAUUUCUUUUUCAAUGGCUGUUACUAACGUCAUACGAAUGAGGUGUUUUAUACCCGUUAUAUUCAACUACCACACGUAUAUUUAUAAUUUAAAUUGCCGUUUUAUUGUUUGUCAUACAUAAUGCAAAGAGAAAUGGUCAAGGCUUUGUUCAAUGCGAUUUCAAAUAUUACCAUGUGUUACAUGUCGUUCAAGAUAUAUAAUUUGAUGUGCUAUGGAACUUUCCCUUUAAAAAAAUACUUUUACACAAGCGUUAACAUUUCAAAAUAAGCUAACUUAUA